GUGAUGAACCAGACACUGGUCGCCGAGUUCCUCAUUCUGGGAUUCUCAGAAACACCUCAGCUGCAAAUGCUCCUCUUUCCUGUCUUCCUCCUCCUCUACAUGGUGGCCCUCUCUGGAAACCUGCUCAUCGUGGUGGCCAUUGGCUCCUGCCCUGCCUUGCACACCCCCAUGUACUUCUUCCUGGUAAACCUGGCCGUGGUGGACAUCCUCUGCACCUCCACGAUCCUGCCCAAGCUGCUGGGCAGCAUGGUGGCUGACAGGACCAUCUCCUACGGGGGUUGCAUAGUGCAGCUUUUCUCCUUCACGUGGUCUCUGGGAGCUGAGCUGCUGCUGUUUUCCGCCAUGGCCUAUGACCGCUACGUGGCCAUCUGCUGGCCCCUGCGCUACAGCACCCUCAUGGACUCCCGGGUUUGCAGGCUCUUGGCCGUGGCCGUGUGGACCAUCAGCCUGGCCAACACUAGUGUGAACACCGGCCUCCUGCUGCACCUGCCCUUCUGCCAUUCCAACGUGGUCGAGCACUUCUUCUGCGAGAUCCCCCCUCUGCUGAAGCUCGCCUGUGCCCCGACACGCCUGAACGAGGCCAUGGCCUUCACUGCAGACGUGAUCCUGGCCUUGGGGAACUUCUCUGUGAUCAUGCUCUCCUACGGCUGCAUCAUCGCCAGCAUCCUGCGCAUCCGCUCGGCCUCAGGCAAGCGACGGGCCUUCUCCACCUGCUCCUCCCACCUCCUGGUUGUCUCCCUGUACUACUGCACUGUCAUCUACACCUAUAUCCGCCCAGCAUCCAGAUACUCGUUGCACAAGGACAAGGUGGUGUCUGUGAUCUACACUUCGGUGGCGCCCUCCCUGAACCCCCUUAUCUACUCCCUGAGGAACACGGAGGUCAAAGCUGCCCUCCGGAGGCUGUUCUCCUGA